GCAGCUAGGCCUUGUGACGUAGCGAUAUCUCGGCAUAUUUUUACAAGGCCGAUGCCGCUCCGGAACGCUCCAAGAAGUACGCAAUCUCGUCCUGAAUCAAGUGAACACAUUUAAAGCGGCACCAUCUGAAACCAUCGUUAUGGCGGCCUUGCCACACCCUGCGGACGAACUGCCCCCCUAUGUUGACUCCCAAGAGCAGGAGGACCCGAACGAACUUCUCCAGCCCAUAAUACUGGUUCUGGCGAACCAGGUGAUCUACUCAGCCGAAUCGCCCGACUCAUCUCCUCUGUACGAGCUCUUCAGCGAUAUCCAGUCGGGUAGGUUGAAUGAUGGCGCCCAUACCACGCCAUUACGGCGCUGUCAGUAUACGGUCAAGACAUCUCUAGACGGCACGCCUCGUGUGACCUGUCGAAAGAAGCACAUUUACGACCUAAAGCAGCCGCCUGCUGUCACCGCUCCCGCGUUCCCAUUUUAUCUCGAACGAAUCUCCCGGCAAGCAAUUGGCAGUCUUGGAUUGAAAAAGGUCACCUUCCCUCGAACAGGAUACAGGGCACUGAGAUUCGACAGUGGAUCUUCAACAGUUCCGAAAUCUUCCGAGUACUUGUUUGAGGUGAAGAAGAAGGACUCGUGGAAUUGGCAUGAUUCCGACGGCAACCUUAUUGCUAUGGAAGACCAUGGAGACGGCCAGUGCAGAGUCCUCGUAACGCGGCCGUUAUCAAGAAGAAAGCUGGACGCCCUUGUGGGCAUGUGGUGCUUGCGCCUUUGGAGUGAUUCGGUCGAGAGGAACGGCGAACCUGGUUCCUGGAGUUGGGGCGAAGUGAAAAGAAUCCUGCAGAGCAGUCGGGCCAAUGGAUUUCCUAGACAAAUUUGAAAUGCAUACUGGUAUUCGAUGUCUGUGAGAAAGAUCCCUCGUUGCUGAGCCUCUGUCCAUGUUUGACUCCGAAUGCCACAAUAACAUAUUGGAGCACUUGGAACAGAUAUGAACCCAAAUGGACGUUGAAGCCCAUUUACAGAAUGAUCAUCUCCUAUAAAGUGUAAGUCCUCAGUCCUGCGAUUUGACUGAAAACAGUGCUUAUGUGGACCAAUGCCUAUCCCAUCGUAUUUCCUUGGGCCAAGGACUCAUAGGGACUUUGUUUAAUGACAGAAUCCCUAAUUUUACUGCCUGAAAAGUCAUUGAGAUAUGCAGAAACUAGGCUUUAUUUCUCGAGUCCAAUGGGAUGUUGCUAUGAAUACUCGUAACAGCAGAUAUUCCCUAGUCAGAUAGAGCAAUUAGACACACUUACAAAUCUUAGACCUUGCCACAUUACAAAAAUAAUAUUAAAUACGCCGUAGGUGUUAACCCUCGGUACCUCUACAAGUACUCC